CGUUGUUAGGUGGCCAUAUUGUUACCGGUAGCAACCAGUGAUUUCGAAGCUGUAUGUUCAUGCCAGAAAGACAAGGAGGUUUGAUUUAAAAUUAUAGUGUACCUCCUUCGCUUAAUAUGGAGCAACAACAAGUCGAAGAAGCUUAUGAAGUUCCAAGGUUGGAAUUGGAAAGGAUAGAUGGGUUUAAUGGUAAAGUAAUUCAUGGUUUAAAGGUUCACCCAGACAGACAACAUAUCAUAUACCCACUUGGUUGUGCUGUUGUCAUAGAGGAUAUAAGUGGUAAUGGAAGACCAACUUUACUAUGGGGUCACACAGAUGAGGUUACUUGUAUCUCGAUUUCAAACAGAUCUGGUCAUCUUAUAGCAUCAGGCCAGAAAACAUACAUGGGAUUCAAGGCUAUAACAAUUGUUUGGGAUUAUGCCUCAAAAAGUCGUCUAUACACAUUAGAAUUACAUAAAGUGAACAUUCAGGCUCUUGAUUUCUCACCAAAUGACCUGUACCUGGCAUCUUUAGGAGGUUGCGAUGAUGGCUGUGUUGUUAUAUGGGAUAUGGCCACAGGUAAUGCGAUCUGUGGUUCUCCUGCUCAAGUGGAGAGUGCAGGCAAUACAUUAUGUGUCAAGUUCUCAAACCAGUCUGAUGACCUCUUUGUCACUGGUGGGGAUGCUACAUUAAGAGUGUGGAAGUUGAAUGUGGCUGAUAGAAAAAUCAGACCAGAAGAUGUUAACUUGGGACAGAACAAAAGAAAAUUCUUGUGUAUAUGUAUAAGUAUGGAUGAUUCAUUUUUUUACUGCGGAACAGAGACAGGUGACAUCUUUGCUAUAAACAUGAAAACAAAAAUCUUCCAAUUCUGUGCUCCUGAAAAGAAACAACUCUUUGAAAUGGGAGUCACUGCCUUAGCUCAAUUGAAAAAUAACAACUUUCUUGUUGGAACUGGUUGUGGAAAGUUGGUAGAGCUCAAGUUCCCUUUGCCCGGUGAAGGCUCUAAAAAACAAGUUAAACCAAAACAAGUGAGAUCAUGGAAGGAUGAAUCUGACAGUCAUGCUCAUGACAAUGCUAUCACAUCUAUAGCUCUCAGAGGAAAUGGACACCAGUUCUUUGUUGGCACCAAGCAUGCAAAUAUGUACAAAUUUGGGUAUGAGUGUUCAACUAAAGGUGGUGAACCUACCUUUGAUAGCUGUGAACUCAUCAAAACCUGUCACUCUAGUGAAGUUAAAGAUGUCAUCUUUCCUCCAGGAACAUCAGAGUUGAUUGUAACAUGUCAGAAAGAACAGAUCAGAAUCUGGGCCUUAAAGACUAUGAAAGAGUUGAAGCGACAAACUGUUGCCAAUAUGACAUGCAAUGCUAUUGCUCUGGCUUGCAAUGGAACAGCUAUUGUUUCAGCUUGGGAUGAUGGAAUUAUUCGUAUAUUUGGGUUUGGUGGUGCCAGUGGCAAUGACAUAAAGUUAAAGAUGAAGAUCAAUGCUGCCCAUAGCAAGGGUGUAUCAUCCAUUGCAUGCACUCAGAAUGCAAGACAUUGCAGCCAAGGUGAAUGGGACUUCCAGAUAGUAUCUGGUGGGGGUGAAGGUCAGGUUAGAAUUUGGCAUGUGUUGUGGGAUGGUCGCAGUGAUCCAUGCUAUGAGCUAGAGCACACAUUGAAGGAACAUAAAGGAUCUGUCUCUGACAUCAAGAUACGUAAAGAUGACAAGGAAUGUGUCUCCUCUAGUAAUGAUGGAACUUGCAUUAUCUGGAAUUUGGAGAAGAAAUCAAGAAGCCAGAUUGUUUUUGCAAACACAUUAUUUAAGUGUGUGAGCUACAACAAAGAUGAGACUCAGAUAAUUACCAGUGGUACAGACAGGAAGGUUAGUUACUGGGAAUGUUAUGAUGGUUCAACCAUUAGAGGUUUAGAAGGCUCUAUGACAGGAUCUAUCAAUGCAAUGGAUACCUCUCCAGAUGGACAAUACUUUGUUACUGGUGGUGAUGACAAGUUAAUAAAGGUUUGGACAUAUGAUGGAGGAGAGGUAGUAGCAGUUGGUCAGGGACAUAGUGGUAAAAUCACUAGGAUCAGGAUAUGUCCACAACAGAAAUAUAUCUGCAGUGUGAGUGAAGAUGGUGGUAUCCUCGUCUGGAAGUUCCCCUUUUAAACUGUUCCUCCAUAUACACCAUACAACACACAACCAAUACAUGAACUAGUUAUUAAGAUGACCAAGUUUCUAAAAUGCUCUCCUGUAUACAUUGUGUUGUCAAAUUUCUGAUUAAUUAUCAUAAGCUUCUAAGAUAUCUCGCAUCUUAUUUUCAUUGUGUUGAAACAAAGGGAGCAUUUUAAAAACUGCCGUGAAAUGUUAUACAAAUUGAAGGUGUAGGAAGAUGAAUUGAAAAUAUACAGGAAAAUAAAGAUGUUAACUGUAUGUUCUUGCAUUUUGUAUUUAUCAAUUAAAAUUUAUGUAUACAGUAUGUGUUACCGUGUUGGAAGAAAAAUAACCUGUGAUAUCAAGUGUAUAAAGGGACCAGGCAUUCCUGCAGCAGAAUUAGAAAUUCUUUUGAGGAUUCCUGCCACAACCUGAUGAUAUAUUUUAUACAUAUAUAUGUAAUUUAAGUUUAUGUACAUGUAUUUUUAUCGAAAUGAUCUUGCACAAAAGUGUGCUAAAUUCUACAUCUGAUCUUAAUUGCUUUGUUUAUUUAUUAUAUCCAGUGCACAUGUUUUUUUCUGUGUUGUUUUCCUACCCAAUGAAAUGUGGAAAUCCAAAGCAUAACAUAUUUUCAGUUAUUAUAGAAAGUAUUAACUGUAUUGAAGUAAUUAUUAUUAGAAUAUUAGAAAUCAUUGCUUUGUUACAGUUUGAAAGUAAGAAUGUGUGUUUGUGUGUAUACAAUUACAUUGUUGAUAUCUCUACAUUAAACAAAUUUUGAAUAUAAUCUUUCUUAGACAGAAAGGUUUGGAAAUAUAUAAUUACAUGUAUUCAUAAGUAAAUCCACAGUAUUUGGUAUAAUAAAAGGUUCAAAAAUUUGUCACAAUUGUUUAAGUCUUAAGAAAGGAAACAAAUUUUCUGCUUACAUCACUUUUAUCCUCGAGGAAUUUGGAGCAAUGUAUCAUGGUAGAGAUAAUUGUUUUUGUUAAGACUGAAGCGUUCUGUUUCAUUAUGUACAUUUAAAUUGCAUUUUUAUUUACUUGGAAUAAAUGACUUUUGUGUAUAUUAAAUAAAAUAUCUAUUUCUUCGAGUAAUAAUAA